AUGAGCUACCAUUACGGUGUUCCGCCGUCGCAUUACACGAAAUACACUGCGUCGCCUUACAGCAGCGGCGAGUACGUCCACUACGCGCCCCAACACGACACAACGCCCAAGAAACAUGCACGCAAGGCCAGCUACAACCCGUCACCUAAAGUGGGAGGCUGGUUUUCUCCCGCUGGCUCCCCACCGCCAUACUACGAGCCACGAGUUCAAUAUGCUGUACCGCGGGAUGAUGUCUAUGUGAGUGAGGUCAGGGGCAAACCCCGCAAACACGAGAGCUACAAUACCUUCCCAAGCUCACGCUACCAUACCCGUUCAACGUCGCGCAAGCAGAAUCAGCCCAUCUACAUCUACGACGAUGAAGCUGAAUAUGCAAAAAUGCAGCCAACCUACAUCUACCGAGAACCACCGCAGUCCAAGCCCAGGCAUGCGAAGAAGCCUAGCACUGACACCUACUUUUACUAUGGGCAGGAGCAGAUUAUAGACGAGCAGCCGAAAAGAUCCAGGGCCCGCCGUUCCUCGUCUACGACCAAGCCUAUACACAAGUCCAGGCCGAGCCUGCACAAGUCCCCGCCACAAGCAAGCCAGGAGGACGCCAUCCGCGCAGGAAUUCCUGCGGGCUAUUCCAUCAAACACUGGGAUCCUACCGAGCUGCCUAUCAUUCUACUGGGCAGUGUGUUUGAUGCGAACUCGCUUGGAAAGUGGAUCUACGACUGGACAGUCUUCCAUCACGGCGCUUCUACUCCAAUUGCCGACAUGGCCGGUGAGCUAUGGCUGCUGCUCAUCAAACUCGCCGGGAAGAUGAAGCGGGCUGAAGAGUGUGUGGGCCGCAUCCACAAUCUCGACAAGCAGGAAAUCGUCGAAGACUUCAUUGUUAGCGGCCAGAGAUUAUGGGAUAGAUUUAAGGACCUUCUCAAGGAAUGCGAACACUACAUGUUGAAGGCGGCCAAACGCGACGGCACCAAAACCAUGGGCAAAAAGGCAGGCACCGAGUUCGUCGAUUCCAUCUUCGGGCGAGACCGCCACCUCGAACAGACGGAGAAGAUUAUGAAUCAGAUCCGACUCUGGAGCAUGCGCUUCGAUGUCAACUGCGAGGACACCCUGCGUAGGCCUUCUGUUGCCUAA